AAAUAAACAUUAAUUCGCGCUAUCCCACGUGAAGGCAAAGCCAAACAAAUCUGUUGCCAAAAUGAGUUUAGCAAAAAUUAAAGCCAAAGAAAACAAGGGUAAACAGAAAUCUUUGCCAAAGCUCAAGACUAUUUUAGCUAAUCCCAUAAGGAGAAAAAGUCCCACAUUGGACGAUGUUGAGCUGGAGUGUUUACAAAAUAUACUUAAGGACGCCAUAUGCAGCAGUGGUAUUGAAGCAAAGAAAUACGCCACAGCCAAACACAUUAAUUUGGGUUUAGAAAGUUGCCUGCGUGUGAUAAACAAUCAACAAAGCUCCUGCGUUUUUAUAUCAUUGAGCAUAAAGCCUAACCACAUAGUGUCGUUGAUUUCUCGCAAUGCCGAAGUGAAAGAUAGUACACAACCCAUAUAUGCCCAACCUCGUUUGGAGGAAUUUACAGAGAAGUUGUUUGGUAUACGUGCUUUGUGUAUGGUGCUGCCUAAAGAUUUGAAAGCAAUCAGUGAGGAUUUAUGGAAUUGGGUUGUGGAAAAAAAGAAACCCGAAAACACCACAGGUAAUAUCAGGGAAAUAAAAAAAGUAAAAAAGAUCAAAAAUAAAUUAAAAUCUACGGAGAAAGAUGUAAAAACAUCUUCACUAAACACUGAGGCAACACAAGAAAUUGUCGAAAAGCCAGAAAAUAAAUCUUGGAGAGGCGAUUAUAUAUCAUUUAGUGAAGACACGGCAGCCAAGAGAGCAUUUGAUAAAAAGCAGGACAAUGAAAUCCUGGACAGUUUUUCCCGUCUAUUAGAUGGUGUACCUAAAGUGGAGAGUAAACCUGCUGAAGAUAUACAACCCAUGGAGAUUGAUAAUGCUGCUGUAAAAGUGUCAACGGAUAAUUCAGAAUCAGAUUCUGAUGACUUUCUCGACGUAUACAAACCCUUAACAGUACAUAGAAUUAAACCUAAUCCCAAUAAGAAACCCAAAAAGAAAAGAAACAAGAAAAAGAAUAAAAACAUAAAAAAGUAA